AUGCGUUUCACCAAGUCUUUGGUUCUGGCCUUUGCCGCUCUCGCCACUGCCCACCCGGGUCAUGAAGAUGCAGAGGCUGCUCAAGCCCUCAAGUCUCGUCAAGUCUACCAUGCCAACAAGAGAGCGCUAGAGGCUUGCGGCACCAAGAUUCAGGCUCUCCAUGCUCGAGGUGUUGAGCGUCGCACCGCCGAGGUUGCCAAGCACCGCAUUGCCCGACGUAUUGCUGUCAACGACCCUUACCUCAAGGAGAAUGCUGUCAAGCGUGAUACCACUUCUGUUCUCCAGAAGGAUCACCAAGGCACCAUCAACGCCACUCUUGCUUUGGAGUCGGAUGCUUCCUACGUGUUCAACGCGAGUUCUUCCACUGUCCUGAACCCGGAGGGUGAGAUUGGCCCCUUUUAUGUUUCGGGCGAGUAUGUCCGCUCGGAUAUCCGCAACGACGAACCUGGUAUCGACGUUGUCCUUGAGGCACAGCUCAUCGAUGUCAACACCUGUGAGCCCAUUGUUGGUGCAUACUUUGACAUUUGGUCUUGCAACUCGACCGGUGUUUACUCUGGUGUCCAGACCAACAUGAAUGGCAAUGGAGCUGAUGCAUCCAACUUGAACAACACUGCCCUUCGUGGCAUUCAGCUGUCAGAUGAUGAUGGUGUUGUCCAGUUCACGACCAAGUUCCCCGGUCACUAUGCUGGACGCGCCACUCACUUGCAUGUCGUGGUCCACCAGGAAGCCACGCAACUUGAAAAUGGCACCAUUGUCGGCAGCGGCACUGUCCCCCACAUUGGCCAGUUCUUCUGGGACCAAAAGCUGAUUACCCAGGUUGAGGCCACCUCUCCCUAUACAUCCAAUACGCAGCGCCUCACUCUGAAUGCUCUUGAUCGCGUAUUUGGAGCACAGGAGACCCGCGGCACGACCUCGGACCCAGUGUUCAACUAUGUCUUCUUUGGAGAUAGCAUUGACGAUGGUCUCUUUUCGUGGAUCUAUGUCGGCAUUGAUACUUCCGCCAGCUAUACUCCUACGUACUCAUUCCAGCUGACGGACCACGGUGGUGAGGCUACUGGAAACGGAGGCGGCCCUGGUGGCCCUGGAGGCCCAGGUGGUCCUCCCCAAUAA